UACUGGGGUCAGGCUUGGGCUCAGAAACAGAGCAGUGACCAUGGCCGGGCUGGUGCCACCUCCCAAGCCUGGCCACUGGCUGUGGCUGCUCCUGCUGCUCCUUCUCUCAGGUGAGCCGGUGCCAGCAAUGACAACCAGUGACCUGCUAUCAAAUCCCCAAGGAAACUCUUGUUCCCGGAUCUGGCAGUACCCACGAUUCUUGGCCAGGAAACGGGGCAGUGUGGUAAAAAUCCAGUGCCAAAUGGCUAGCUCCAACAGCCCCAGUAUUGUGACCUGGUUCCGGAAGCAGGAGAACCAGGAGCCCCAGGAGCUGCUUCCAGAACAGGGACACAUACUGCAGACACAGAACGGCUCUGUGUACACCCUCACCAUCCAAGGCAUCCAGUUUGAGGACAAUGGCAUCUACUUCUGCCAGCAGGAGUGCAGCGACGCCAAUGCCGGGCUCUUCCAGGGCUGCGGUACAGAGCUUCGAGUCAUGGGGUUCAGCACCCUGGCACAGCUGAAGCGGCGGAACACACUGAAAGAUGGCAUCAUUAUGAUCCAGACCCUCCUCAUCAUCCUCUUCAUUGUCGUGCCCAUCUUCCUGCUGCUGGACAAGGAUGACAGCAAGGGCGGGAUGGAAGAAGAUCACACGUAUGAGGGCCUGAAUGUUGACCAGACGGCCACCUACGAGGACAUAGUGACUCUGCGCACAGGGGAGGUGAAGUGGUCCGUCGGGGAACAUCCAGGCCAGGAAUGAGGGCCGUCCUUGACCUGCCCAGCUCCUGCGCCUCAGACCUGCCUGGCUCGUGGCUCCCUUCUCCUUCCUGGAUCCCCAGCUGGUCACCAGAGCUGGCCCAUCAGAGCCACCUCUCUUGGUCCUGAGAUCUUGCCAAAGGACCUGGAGUAAAAGGACAAUAGGGCAAUGAUAUGAAGCAGGGAGGUCUCUGGUGAUAAAUUGGACCCAGCCUUUGGGGAAUAUUGUGUCCCUGUAUUUGGGACAGACAGCAGAGAUUUGUCGGAACCUGCAAAUGGACUCGGAGUAGACUGGCUUC